AACAUGGAGAGUGCAACAUAUCUGCUUGUGGAGACUGUUAUCAUAUUGUUGAUACGCAUAAUCUCAAGCCAUACACCUGCACCUUGUACAAUUUACCCCCAAUUAUGAAUUCAACAUCAUAUCUAUCAAUUUCGCCUCAAAUCUUAAAAUAGUUGAGCUUGGAAUGUGAAUCCUCAAUGACCAUUCCACUCCAUAAAACAACCUUAUAAUUCUUACGUUUGUCGUCCACCUAUUGCAACUCUGUCUCCUCUAGCUUCCUAUUCUUUCUGAUUUGAUUCCUUUCUCACUUAUACAUGACGGUUUGGCUUCUGAUUUAAUCCAACGCGGUAAAAUGAUAAGAUAGUGAAAGACAGGAAUCCUGGUCCGUUGAUCUUGCUGAACUGGAAAGUCACCAAGUUAAAUUAUGGAAAGAAUCUAUGUCCAGAACCAAGUCACCAGUACCAGUUACACAACUCGCAGCCAAGAACUGGAUUCUUUGCUUCUCUAUUACUUUAAUCUGUCACAGAGAAGCACCUUUUGAUUGGGAAAAAGAAUCAUAUUUCACCUCAACACAGAGUAUUAUCGAAACUAAAGUGAAACUCAAAAGCUGCUAUAGAUCAAAAUAUAUUGUGCCAUUUAUUCUCCCAAAAUUAAAGGUUCCUAAGCCAUUGAAGAAGAAAAUAGGAGAGAACACAGGAAAUAGUUGAAACAUGAGCAGCAACAGGCCUUAUGAUUUUACACCACAUGAGAAUUCGCCUGGACAGUGGCAUGAUCCUAAUGCACAUGGACCUGAGCACAACAACUGGAACAGAUGGCAACCCGUUUUCCCUCGUCCUCCGCCUCCCCGAGAAAGCCCUCAGAAUCCUAGACGUAUCGUUCAUGAUCCAAGGUUGCCUGUAACAGAGAGACCAUAUCAAGUACCUCCCGGUGCAACCAGUUAUCCAUAUCCAGGCCAACCACGACUUAGGCCACCACAUCCUCCCGUUCGAGUUCUACUGCAUAACGAUGAUAUACCAAGACAUGCAUCAUAUCCAAGGCCAAGCCAACUUCCAUUUGAUUCUCCUCCCCCAUGGUUUAGGCAGAACCAGGAAACGUCGAGGGAUGAAUCCAAAUUGAGCCCAAAUGAGCAAAAGGCUACCUUGAACAAGCUCAAGAAACAAAUCUACAAUCCUGUACAAGCAAAAGUUGCAAAAAAAGUAGGCCUUUAUUUUAGAGGCUUGAAUAAUAACAUGAACAAUACUACUAGCGAAGCGGAAAAAGACAAUGAUGAAGAUGGUAAAAGAUGUUCCAUAUGUUUGGAAGAUUUUGUGCCUAAAGAAACGGUGACAGUAACUCCAUGCAGUCACAUGUUUCAUGAAGACUGCAUCGUUCCUUGGGUAACGAACCAUGGCUCGUGCCCUGUUUGUCGAUUUGCAAUAUGUGAACGAAUGAAACAGGCAACGGACUCAUCGGCCAGGCCUACUACUGCAACAAAUACAAUACCACAUGAUAUGAUGGUGGAACGGAACCUGAUUUCCAUUAUGAGAGCAUUUGAUGGAACUUUUGAAUUGGAUCAAAUUAGAUCCAUUCUCUUACCGAGAUUAACCAGAGGCUAAAUGCGGUUGCUUAAUUUUUAGGCUAAUGCUACUUGCUAUUGCUACUUGCCUUUCAUUUAUUCACUUUCUGUUGUAGCUUAUAUAAUGCUUGUAUGAACACACAAUGAGAUCAUGCUUUUGUUCCUGUCUUACAAAUGAAAUAUUUACUUGAAUAAAAAAAGUUCUAUUUUAUAACUU